ACUCGGAGCCAGUAUGCCACGCGGGUAAUGGAAGCGAGCCAGAGUCCUUUCCGGGAGACGCAGCCGUUCUGAAUGUCCUCCCACGGCAACGCGGCUGUAGCGGCAGCCCGCAGCGACAAGGGCAGCGACAGCACCAGCRAGAAAGACAAAGACAAGGACCAGAACAGCGACAAGGACAGCGGCAGCGGCAGCAGCGAGGAUGCCGUCGAGUGGGAAGACUCGAGGGCUUCGCUCCGGGAGGCCCUGGAAGCCAACCGCGAGCUCCGGAACCGGGUGCUGCUGGAACUGGAGGAGACGGCCCGGUCCAAGCGCGACAACCGGCUGGARGCGGCGACCUGCACCCGAAGGCUCWGCGAGGCGGUCCUGGCGGGAGAGGCGAGACCGCCGCUUCACGGAGAAGGCAGCCGCAGCYGGCCGCCGCCGRMUUCGGCCGGAAAACCGUCCAAAAAGAGAAAGAAGAACCACCGGGAGGACGACGACUACGUGCCCACCAGCGAGGAAAUCGAUCGGCUCCUGGCCGGCGACGCCUUGGCGGCCGAUCGGACCUACGAAAAAAAGGCCGACACCAAGCGCCAGAAGUGGUCGAUCUACCAGCGAAAGAAGUUCCGCUUCGACCCCUACCGGAAGUGGACCCUGGACUACUUUGCKGACCCGGUGGGGUCCCGCCCGGGGGAAAACGCGGACGUUCUCCGGAGGAAGAGGCUCAUGACGAAGAGGGAGAGGCCGGUCCCGGGCCGGRAAGGGCAGGAAGAGGAAGGGGUUCCCGACACGUUCUUUCACCAUACGUCGCAGCCGUUCACACCGCAGGAAAUGGCCCGUCUCGACAAAUGGCUGCGCGAAASCAACACCACCAGCAACAACAAUGGAUGCGRCAGCGCGAACGGAAGUGCCUCCGACCCGUUCUUCUACGAGCGCAUCGCGCAAAAGCUCCGGGACGAGCACCACGGAGACCCGGUCCAGAGGAAACGAGACAAGGUCUUGCUGCCGACCUGUCUGCCGCGAUCCGCCGAGGAAAUACGGCUGUACCACAGGGACCGCCUCGCUUCGGGSCACGCCUUUUCCAAGCAGGAAUCCCUCGCCAUUCUCGAGAGCGUCGCGGCGGAACCGGGUCCUCCGAGCGACGACGGGGACGGGGUCGAUCGCAGCGAUGGAAAGGGCAACGGCAACGGCGACGGCGACCACGAUUCCGGYGARAACCGUUCGAAAGACCCCGCGCGGCCGGAACGGCCAGCGGCGGGGCCCGACUGGAAAGCGAUCUGCGAGCGCGUGCUGGAGGUCCACCGGGCCUCUCGCUCCGGGGCGGMUCCGGGGGAGGACGGCGUUGGCCCGGCCCGMGGCGGGGAGGGGGAUCCACYGAUCACCCCCUACCGCUGCAUGGUCCACUACAAGACGAAACUCCGCCGGAGGCCCGACGGGUCCUUCACCCCCGAGGAGGACGAGCUCCUCCUCCGGUACAUUGCCGCRAUGGGGCCGCAGUUCGUCUGGGGGAACCUCGAGAUCGCCGACCUCGCCAGCCGGCUCUUCCCGACCAAGUCCGUCCGGAGGAUCUACGAGCGGACCCACUACUCGCAGUGGCACCCCCUGUCGAAGGACACGAUAUGGACCAAGGARGAGGAACAGAAACUGGUCCUGGCCAUGAAGGUGUACUCCGAGGUCGGAAGCACCGCCAUUGCCAAUAGCGACAGGGGAGGAGGCCCGGGUGACGGCGUCGGCGGCGGCGACGAUGCCACCCCCGGUGGAAACCGGCCGGAAUCGAGGCGCGUGGCGCUGGAAAAGGCGGCCGUCCGUAGGGCGGCGGCGCACUUCCACCCGCAGCGGCAGGUCUACAAGGUGGUCAAGAAGUGGGAGCGGUCCUUCAGCCCGCGGUACUCCUACCGGCCCUUCUCGCGGGAGGAGGACGCCAGGCUCCUGGAGGCCGUCCGGUCCUCGGCCGCGAACACGCCCUUCUCGGAGAUCGCCCGGAAGCACUUCCCCAACCGGUCCAGCGACCAGCUCGGCCAGCGCUGGAGCAAGAUCGCCCCGGACGACGACGUGGUCGAGCAGCUGGUCCCCUCCCUGAUCCGGACCGGGGUCAAGCGGGGGCUGGUGGGAACGGYGGCAAGGACGACCCGCGGAAGGGCCGAGCUCUUCGACACGAACGAUUUCGUCGUCGAGGUUCUGCCGGGAAGGGACAAGGGCUCCUUCGCCGGGGGGGAAAGCGGUCGCGGUGCCUGCAACGCGAAYGCGAGCGCAAUCCUUGGCGAAACCGAUGGGGAAACCCCGGCACGCUAGCGGUCGUCCAUCGCUGGGUGCUCGGUUGGCUCCGGUCGGAAGCAAUGCGUAUGCGCUGUCGCUGUCGCUGUCGCUGUCGCUGUCGCUGUCGCUGUCGCUGUCACUGUCGCUGUCGCUGCGAACAAAGACGUUUGGGACCGCGCGGACCGCAGUGGACGGAUUGCCGAUUUCGACGCCAUUGUUCUGCUCUCUUCAAAGCCAUUGCUUGUCGAUCCCUUGUUCUGAUACUUUGAUGGCUUGUACCGGUAGCAUUAUCCUCGCUGAAGUCAAACAAUUGCAAGAAAUUCCAUUAAGGUUUCUUCUUCCUAGUCAUCAUCAUGGCCUUGUUGUUUUUGGUGGUGGUGGAAGGAGCAGGACUCCUCCUUACUAGCUGCUACUAGUAGGAGGGGGAUUGAAACCCAGCAGAAAAGGAGAUCAGAUAAAUCAGAUAGUACUAGGAGGUAAUGAUCAAAGACUUCUUCAAUAUUAUCAUAUGUGGUGAGAUAAGCUUACAAGAUGAUAAUAGGUCACAAGACAUCACCCAC